AUGGUCCAGACACCAUUAAUCAAGGCGAAUGACAACAAAAGCUGGGACUGCGUGGACAUGCGUGUGAUAACGGAGGGGCCCAACACCAUUGGAUAUGCACGUUUCACUCUAUCAAGGACGUUCCUCUUCCCCCGCCAUGCUUCCCGGACCAAAGACUUAGCAGUCAUUCCUGUACACAUUUGGCCAACGCAUGGGAUGCUCGCACGAUCCUGGGUGAUUAACGCAGAACCUGGAGAGGGAUCCUUCAAGCCUGAGGUGGCUUCAGCUUUGAUUCGCUUCAUGGAUAUCAAAUCGACUGCUAAAAGUGAUCGUGGCUUAGACAACACCCUAGAUUCAACUCUUUACGACAGUUGUGGAGGUUAG